UUAACGACGCGAGCAGGACCCUCGGUGGUCUCCACAUCGAGCCCAGACAAUUCGUUCCGUGACGUUCGUUUCCGGACGAAAGGAUGCUUCGGUUAGGCAUGCCGGGAAUCGGUCGACGGCGUUUACACGUUUGUCUGACAUUAGUGAUCUGCGCGUUGUGGAUCGUUGACAAGAUCGACGCAGCCACUGCGGAAGAGGACGCCAAGGACGCCAAGGACGCAUGGACGGAAUUCUCGACGACGUGCGUGGCGGAUGACUCGAAGAACACGUCGGUCUCUUGUCACGGUGUGCGAAUCGUUCGGAAAGUCGUAAAGCAGUUACUGGAGAACUUCGGCAAGGAACCGAGCAUCGAGCUGUUCGACGGCGUAUCCUUGGUCGAGGCACCUGGCUCUAUACGAAAAGCCAGAAUGUUGAAGGGCCUUGGAGGUUUUGGAUCCUUGCUGCAGUUUCUGGAAGGUAGAGAACUUAAAGUCAAGCUGCCGUCCUUAUUCCCUCCUAAUAUGGAGAACGUGGUAAAGGAGAGCUUGCCUUCCGAUUCUGAAGUGAGAGGUUACGGUGGUUACGGCGGCGGCGGCGGCGGCGGCGGCGGCGGCGGCGGUUACAAAGACAAAGGCGGAAAGAAAGGCGGCGGUGAAGGAAUAAUGUUAAUGGCUCUUAUGAUGGGUAAGAUGAUGGCUGCUAUGACCUUGGCCGGAAUAGGUGCUAUAGCCAUGAAAGCGUUAAUGGUUUCGGCUCUGGCCUUGAUGCUGUCAAUAAUCAUAGGUUUGAAAAAAUUAGUAAGUAGUGAUCACGGUGGUGGUCAUCAUGUUGUUUACGCGCAAGAAGUUGGUCAUCAUCAUAGCAAGAAGAGAUCAAUCGAAGACCACGACUCUACGCUGUUGCCUUACAAAGGAUACGCCAAUCUUUACGCUAACUUGCGAACAUCUUGAUAUUCUUGCAGUAUAAUUGCAUCAUCUUAAUCGCACAAUUAAAUUGAUUUUCAAGCUUUUUAACUCUCCUGUCGUUAUUAAAGCUUUGUUCGUAGACACGGUUAGACACACCACGUUGACAGCGGCGUUGAUAUGUUGUGUUCACAUAAUUUGCAUUUCAGUCACUUUAAUAUUAUUCCUUCAUCAUGUCUCAUUCAUUUAACUCAACGUGCAUCUCUUUCAACGUGGCUCUUUCAUAUCUUCUUAGCUAUAAAAGUGUAAACGUUA